CGGACUUCUCCUUUCCACGCUGGGCGGGCGCAGACCGGAGCCUGGCAGCGGCGGCGGCGCCAACCUCAGCCAUCGCCCGGCCAUCAUGCGCUGCCUCCGCGCGGCCCUCUGGCUGCUGCUGCCGCUGCUCGGCGCUUGUGCCUCGGCCGCCGGCCUCUACUUCCAGGAAGGGCAGAGCUGCCACCGGCCGCUGCCGCGCCCGCCCGCCGGGGUCAGGACUUACCCUCGUCCUCACGAAUAUCUGGACAUCUCUACGCUUCCCCAGAGCUGGGAUUGGCGCAAUGUGGAUGGAGUCAAUUACGUGAGCACCACUCGCAACCAGCACAUCCCUCAGUAUUGUGGAUCCUGUUGGGCUCACGGCAGCACCAGCGCCCUUGCAGACCGCAUCAACAUAAAGAGGAAAGCUGCCUGGCCCUCUGCUUACCUCUCCGUUCAGCAUGUGAUUGACUGCGCGGACUCAGGGACCUGUCACGGGGGAGACCACACAGGCGUUUGGGAGUACGCUCAUACCCACGGCAUCCCAGACGAGACCUGCAACAAUUACCAAGCCAAAGACCAAAAGUGCAAGAAGUUUAACCAGUGCGGUACGUGUAUCACUUUCGACAAAUGUCACGUGAUACGGAACUACACUCUCUGGAAAGUUGCGGAUUAUGGAACAAUCAGUGGGAGAGACAAAAUGAAGGCGGAAAUCUAUGCCAAUGGUCCCAUCAGCUGCGGGAUCAUGGCUACUUCCAAACUGGAGAAAUACACUGGUGGACUUUAUGAGGAAUACAAACUCUUACCCAUAAUAAACCACAUUGUCUCUGUCGCUGGCUGGGGCAUCGAAAAUGGAACGGAGUAUUGGAUUGUCCGUAACUCUUGGGGAGAACCCUGGGGUGAGAGUGGAUGGCUUCGAAUCGUGACCAGUGCAUACAAAGGAGGGAGAGGUGGACACUAUAACCUCGCUGUGGAGCACAACUGCGCUUACGGAGACCCGAUCCUGCCUUAAGUCUGCCACUGUGUGGUGUUUGUUCUUCUGACUAGAAAGGAAAUGGACACUCGAGCAAGAUUGUCCUUCUUUGGAAAGGGAAGGUCCCUCACGAAUGUGCACCGCUGGCUUAGGAAAGAAUGGCAACGAAAAGGAGACGUUUGGCUUAGUAACUUCAAAUUCAAUCCUGUAAAAUCCCAAACGAGUGACCCGUAUUGAUUACCCUGGGAGAGAGAUGGAAUAUGCCCCCACCCCCCAAGUUUGGGACCCUUCCGCUACGAUAGGAUAUGCAAAACGGCUUUAAGUGGAAGUGCAGGCCCCAGGCUGGUCAGACAAAGGCUGAGCUUGUGGAAUUAUUUUAAAAAAAUAUUAUGUUCCAAACAGCUGAUCUCUUGCUUAAACUGGGUUACUCUGGGGGUGAGGUCUGAGCAUUCAGGGAGUGGAGUUGAGGAGUUUAAUGCUCGGAAGAGAUGGGUGUGGAAUGUGUGUCUUACCUUCAGUGCAGGAUCUCUGCCCGCUUUUCUGUGUGUUUUCAAAACAGAUUGUGUCUUCUUUGGGUCUGCCGGUCAGUCACUCUCCCUCCCCUAGAAAGACAAAGAUGGAAUUGCUGGGGAAAGGAAAUGCUUUUACACUUUGGAAUGGGCAAGGCAGAGAUCACAUGCAUGUUGUAAGAUGCUGUGGCUCAGGGCUAGAGCACCUGCUUUGCAUGCAUAAGGUCCCCAGUUCAAUCCCUGGCACCUCUAAUUAAAACAAGAUCUGGACAGCUGCUGCCAAUGGUGGUAGACAGCACUGACCUGGAUCAGCCGGGGGUCUGUUUCAGUAUAAAGCUGUUUCACACGCUCAGGAAGGUCCAUUUAUGACUGCAUUAAAACCUGUUCCCCAUCAGAAAAAGUGAAAACUAAAUAAGCAGUUCUAAAAAUGGGCACUGGAACCAUCCGGCCAUGCUGGAGGGUUGAUUCAUGAUUGCAUUUCAACCUGGAAGUCAGUGGGCUUAGAAGGGUGCAACUUUGCUUAGGACUGCAAUGUUUGUCAGCCAUCCCAGCCAGCAAAUAAGGGGCUCUGCUAUCUUUCUUGAUGCUGCUCUCAUGCACAAUGGAUCGAAUCCUGCCAUGUUGAUCUCUUGGUGCCCUACAGAAAAUGGCAGGAUCCAAUACAGUAUUUUUCCUUUGAGAUGUGCCGGGGAUGAGAGAGGAAGACGAAACCCUGGCGAUCCUGUUAUUUAUGAGCCUAUGCUACUGAUGCAAACAGGACAGAGAGAGGUCACACUGCCCUUCUUCUUUGGACGUGUUUAGCAAAUGUUCUAAAUUAAAAUAUGCAUAUAGGUUCGCUAAAAAACAACAGAUCAAUAAACUCAUUUGGGUUCAUGGCAACAAAGAACUUUUUCCCUCCUUUAAAACCACCCAUAUGCUGUCAGUUAGAGCACCCCAUCGCACACUAAAUAUG